GAGCACUGCCCUCAGGCGCCCUGCCCGGCGCAGCGCCAUGUCCGCCUCCAGGCUCUUCACCCUCGUGCUGGUGGUGCAGCCGCCCCGCGUCCUCCUGGGCAUGAAGAAGCGCGGGUUCGGGGCCGGGCUCUGGAACGGCUUCGGGGGAAAGGUGCAGCCGGGGGAGAGCAUCGAGGAUGCUGCACGCAGGGAGCUCCUGGAAGAGAGCGGGCUGACUGUGGACACCUUGCAGAAGAUGGGCCAGAUCACUUUUGAAUUUGUAGGCAACUCUGAACUCAUGGAAGUUCACAUUUUCCGAGCGGAUCAGUUUCACGGAGAGCCAACGGAAAGCGAUGAAAUGCAGCCUCAAUGGUUUCAGCUGGAUGAGGUGCCAUUCAAACAAAUGUGGCCAGAUGAUAUCUACUGGUUUCCCUUGGUGCUUCAGAGAAAGUUGUUCCGUGGCUAUUUUAAGUUCCAAGGACAAGACACUAUUCUGGAGCACACACUGAAAGAAGUGGAGGAAGUUUAAGAGGAAAGCAGAAGCAUUCAUUCCUCCUGCUGCUGCCCACACUGGACUGGGGCACCACAAGUGCUUACAGGGGGCUCCUUUCUCAGCUUCCCAGCACAAGGCUCACUGCCAGGUCACUGGGAAGUAAAGAAAAUAAGGGGGUUUCUUAGGGCAGAAAUAAACACAGUGAGAAUUUCCAUGCUGUGAAGUCUCUGCCUGUGAUAUGCUUUAGUGGUUAUCUGAUGACAUCCCUUAAGAACUUGCUGUUAACCCUUUGUUUCUCAGGUUGUUAAUGUAUUAGGCUUUUCCAGCAUGGCUGGAAAUGGCUUUAGAGAAUUAAAAUUAUUUUUUAGCAAAA